CGCGCGCCGGCACACGCAUGCGCGACAUGUUUCGGCCAUGGAGCUAUGGAGCGGCCUGCCUGCGGCCAGCCUGCGGCCCGUGAGCGACGAGGGGUUUGCGCUCGCGUUUUUCGAUCCGAAGCCCGACGCGCCGCCCAAGCAAGAACAACAGUACGCGGCGGACAGCGCGAGCGGCGGGGCCAAAGCGGCGGCUCCCUGCAAGGUUUGCGGGGACAAAGCCUCCGGGUACCACUACGGGGUCACCUCCUGCGAGGGCUGCAAGCUCUACGUCGAAUCUGAACUCGCCAGAGUAUUCGAGAAGUAA